UCUCCUGCCUUCGCCGGCACGGAGGGGCACACAAGAUGGACUGGUCCGAUCUGCCGGCCGAUCUCGUCGCGGCAGUCGCCGACAGGCUCGGCACCGAGCUCGCUGACCUCGCGCGCUUCCGCUCGGUGUGCCGGCCAUGGCGGUCGGGAUCCGCGGCGCACGCCGCGCGCCUCCGCGUCCCUCUGCUUCUGAUACCGAUGAUGUCCUACGACACCAGCGCGGAACGCCUCGUCUGGUCCCUCGCCGACGACCGCCUCCGGGAGGCCCCCCUGCCAGAGGCGCGCGGCGGCCACUCCUUCGUCUUCGCCUCCCACCACGGCUGGAUCCUGACCGUCGUCGCCGGUGACGGCGGCUUGAAGGCCACUCUGGUGUACCACUUCACCGGCGUCUCGGAACAGCUGCCCCGCCUGCCCUCCUCGUUCGGUGGCAAGGGCGGACGGAGGGUGACCCUCGAUGGCCUGUCGUGGGAUCGGUCCCCGCACGGCGUCGUGGUCUCCCCGGGCAAAGGCGCGUUCUUCUGCCGCCCCGGCGACGGAUCGUGGAGGAGCGUCGGCUGCCCUUCCGCCGCAGUCACCAGCGUCACCGCCUGCGACGGCGCGCUUUACCUAUUCGACAGGAAAACCUGCAGCGCGACCGUCGUGGACGCCGAAACCUUGGCCGUGGUGGCCGUGAUCGAGGCCCCCACGCUGGAGGUGCCCGGGUGGGAGCGGAAGGAAAUUGAGGCCAACCUCGUGGUGUGCCCGGACGAGGUCAUCCUCCUCGUCCGAUCGAAGCUCCAUCACCCGUGGUGCAGCGGCUGGCCGAGUUUCUGCAAGGCCUUCCGUGCCGACCCCCGCGCGGUGACUGGCGGCCGGAGCCCGAGCUGGUCGGAGGUCGCGGGCAUCAUCGGCGACCGCGCCGUGUUCGUGGACAACCUCCGCGCCUUCUGCGUGGAGGCCAAUGACCACAACGGGCUGAGGAGGAACUGCGUGUAUGUAGCGAGCUCGUACCAUGCUGUCGACGACGACUGCGACUACACUUUGGAUCGAUACGGGCGGAUGUACUCCGUCGCCGUGCUCGACUUCGCCAACCACACGACGGAAAGCCUCAGCUUUGGAAGCCUGGUGAAGCUCUGGAGCCCUGGAGACGGACAAUGCUCUUCGUGGUUGAUGCCUAGCUGCUGCAGUCUGCACUGAUGGAUCGCAAAAUGCUUCACAACAAGUGGGAAGAAGUAAUAAGUAACAAAAGGUGAGUCUCUUCUUGGUGCCUCUCGGAACAAAUGAAGAUCAGCAUGCUCGUGUUUUAUUCGAAGAAACUCGGAGUAAGUAAGAAUUGUACGUGAAACAAUAAUUUUUGCAAAUCGAUUCGAAAUAGCGGAUCGAGACAGCUUGCUUUAGUUCAAACUCGUAUGUGCUAAUAAGUCCGUGAAGGCAUCUUGGGUAUGGAUAUCCUAUAUUGUCUCGUUUGAAAUCUUAGACUCAAAAUAUUAAAUUUUGUGUGAUUUUGAAAUUUUUGUUUUUUGUUUAUGUUGAAUAAACAGGAUUUGAGAGAA